AAGAGGUAGAAAGGCUGCAGGAAAGUCUUGCAGGGAAGCGAUCCAAACGUGACCUUGGGUGAGUGGAAGGCUCUUCCCCUGCAAAAGGAGGCAGAGGGUUCUUGCACUGAAGAAGGAAGAGACAUGUGCCAAGUCCUCAUUCAGGUUCAAUCUUCUGAGUCCUGGGAGCGGAAGAGCCCAGAUCCCAUGUUCCCCUGCCAUCCCUUUCCAUGCACAUAACAGGCAGGGGGAAAGCAGAGCUCCAGAACAGCCGGGCUGCCCCCAGGAACAAAUCCAGGAUCCCCAGGAAGGAGAGGGGAUCUGAGGGAGCCCUUCAUGCCCAAUUUCCUAGGAAAAGCCCUUGAGGGGAGAGGAAGAGUUUGCAUUGCAAAUCUCAAGCAGGAAAGAAGAAAAGCUUUGAAGGAAGGAGAUGCCAAAGAUUGUGCCUACAUUCUCACCUUGUGCUGGAUGGGGCUAAAAUAGGGUUGAAUCCUCUGCAGUUCAACAUGUCUUAGGAGGAUACACAAACUGGAAGCGAUUUGUAUGUCUCAGAUAUAGACAAAAUUAUCUCUUGGGCAAAGAGAGCUGAAUGGCCUGCCGUGGUCAUUCCUGUGGCUACUGGAACAGUUCUAUGAAUGAAGAGGCAUUUGGAGAUCUAUAAGAUUCCUCAGAUCCAUUUGGAGUUGUGUUACAGGACAUAGAAAGAAUGAAGGCACAACCUUUAGCAAGUGAGGGAACUGGGAAAGGCCCUUCUGCUGUUCAGCCUGGGAGCUGUGGGGAGAUCUGCACAAGAACUGGGCAGAAGAUCCUGGAGGAAGAAACCAUCUGUUCAGAAAUUCAGCCACAGAACUUCAGGAGCGUCCAAUACCAGGAAGCUGAGGGUCCCCGAGGACUUUGCAGCCAACUCCACUAUUUUUGUAGUCGAUGGUUGAGACCAGAAAAGCACACAAAAGCGCAGCUGCUGGACCUGGUUGUUCUGGAGCAGUUCCUGGCCCUUCUGCCCCUGGAAAUGAAGAGCUGGGUGCUGGAGUGUGGAGCAGAGACCACCUCCCAGGCAGUGGCCCUUGUGGAAGGUUUCCUUCUGAGCCAGGCGGAGGAGCAGAAGGAGCAGGUUGAGUUGCAGUCCUUUGCUGUGGACAUCAGAGAUCCUGAGGGAAGAAGGAAUCCAUCAAAUCUACCUCAGGAGCUGUUUUUCAGGAGGAUCUCUGAGGAAGAUCCAAGUCAGGACUCCUCAGGAGGGAAGAAUAGAAUGAAGUUGUCUGUUCUUUGUGGUGGAGCUGAAACAGUGGCUGAAUCUCCAACUCAAGAGGGUCUUGUGUCCUUCAAGGAGGUGGCUGUGUAUUUCUCCGAGGAGGAGUGGUCUCAGCUGGAUCCUCACCAGAAAGCACUGCAUUGGGAAGUCAUGCUGGAAAAUUGUAGGACCGUGGCCUUUCUGGGUAAUAAUGGGCAGAAGAAUGAAGAUUCCAACAAACCACUCCAAAUUAUCAGGCAUGGAGAUGGAACGGAGAAGUCUGCAAUU